UCGGCUCAUGAAAAGUUCGGCGUCUGAGCGUACUGAUCACUCUAAUCAAUUCUCAAGAAGACGAAACGAAACCUACGCUACAAAUAUUCGAGAGAUAAAAUGGCGACAGUGCUAUAGAAGUAUAAAAUGUCAAUAAGGAUAAAUAAAAGGAGAAAUAAUUUGACGAUUGGGCACUUAGUAUUAGUGGUUGAUUGAGCCUGGUCCCUACCCGCUGUCACUCCUGCUGUGGAUUAAUUAUUUCCCGCCCUUUUGUUUAACAGCUGGACAUGCGCGCGCUAGGUCCACCGACCGGAAGUCUAGACGUUUGGAAAUCAGCUGAAUUUGUUCGAAUCUUUCGUUGCAUUCAUUGACUUCAAUAACGAUGGAGGAAAACGGCCCCGAAAUCUCUACAAUUGAGAUGCACACAGGAGGCGAACCGCUCAGAAUAAUAGUUUCUGGCUACCCCGAGAUCAAAGGAGACACUAUUUUGGCCAAAAGACGGUACGUUCGAGAACACCUCGAUCACCUUCGUAAGCUGGUUAUGUUCGAACCUCGCGGACAUUAUGAUAUGUAUGGCGCUGUGAUCGUCCAACCACACAGCGAAAUGGCCGAUUUGGGAGUGCUGUUCAUGCAUAACGAAGGGUACAGCACGAUGUGUGGACACGCUGUUAUCGCUCUUGGUCGAUACGCUGUCGACUCGGGUCUUCUCAGCACAGACGUGUCGCGUUCGAGUGUUGGUGAAGUACCUGUGUUUAUCGAGUGUCCUUGCGGCGUGGUGAAAGCUUUAGUCGAUAUAGAAGAAGGAAAAUCAGGCCGUGUUCGCUUCGUUUCUGUCCCUGCAUUUGCGUUUGGGCUUGACGUCGAGAUCAACACGGAGAAGUUUGGCAAAGUGAAAGUUGACAUUGGGUUUGGAGGUGCUUUUUACGCCAUCGUCCCUGGAGACCGAUUGGGUGUUGACGUGCGAUCUUCCCGAAUAAAUGAGAUCGUGGAUGCUGCCAAUGUGAUCACCAAUGCGGCCAAAAGUCAAGUUAGGCUGCAUCACCCAGACAGCGAAGAGCUAGCUUUUCUGUACGGAACCAUCAUAACCGACGGAAAAGACAUGUAUAAUGGCGAUCCACAGGAGACAACAGCGAACGUUUGUGUUUUUGCCGACAGCGAGGUAAGGCUUCUAAAUCCAAAAUAAGUGAAGCUUUUAAAGGUGAUUAUCCUUUUAUUGACUCCUCCAGCGUAGUCCGUGUUAUUCUUGUGUGAAAUUGCCCCAAAUGGAAUUUCUGUUAGGAAACUUAUAUAGGAAGUUUAUAUUUUCUAUUGCGUUCUGAUUCGUGAUCAAACAUGAGGGGAGUUUGAAAUUUAAAUUUUCGCGGAAUUUGUUUGCCUUUCGCAGCUCGAGGAGUUCACUUAAGAUUGUACUUUUUCAGAAGUACUGAACCAUUAUCUGAGGAGAAAUACAGUGAUAAAUAAAGUGAAAAAAGAGACAAGAUUUCUCUGUACUGUGUUUGCAAUGGUCAGUUCUAAGAUACAGCUGAGAUCAAAAAAUUUAACUUGAAUAUUUUAGUGCUUUGUCUAUGACUUUACAGUGAGCUUCUAUCGAGGUUGCAUUGAGCUUUAUUUCAGUUUUCUACAAAAC